AUGUUCGAUGUAUUUGACAAAGUCAGGUACAAGCUUGACGAUAUUCUACUAAAACACAAACUAGUCCGCUUCCUUCCAGUCGUUCUUGUGACAAUAGCAACCGGAUGGGGAAUCUAUGCAUACACAUACGAAUUAUGUUUUCUUUCGAUCGAUAACUGGCCGCAGCGGAUAAUCUACUUGAUUGUAUUUUACACACUUUUAGUUCUCUUCUAUACCUCAUACCUUCGAACAAUCUACACAAAAGCCUGGCAACCUCCGCAAAAGUUCUUCCUCGAGGGAGCUGCAAAAACAACAUACGACACAGUUAAAGAUGACGAACGGCAGUUGCAAUUAUUUCUUGCGGAUAUUGUUCGAGAGCGAGAUUUGACUCUGAUCGUUCGAGGAUUCGAUAACGGAAUUCGAUUCUGUGAUAAAUGCUGUUGCAUUAAACCUGAUCGGUCUCAUCAUUGUUCCAUGUGUGAGCAAUGUGUACUAAAAUUCGAUCAUCAUUGUCCCUGGGUCAACAAUUGCGUUAACUUCGGGAACUACAAGUAUUUCAUUCUGUUUUUAGCAUACGGGUUUAUCUUUUGUAUAUGGAUUGGUGCAACAACCUUACCAUCUUUCAUCGACUUCUGGAAGCAUGAAUAUGAUCUGAAUAAGAAAACUGGACGUUUCGCUCUGGUAUUUCUUCUGUUUCUCUCGUGCAUGUUCUCGCUGUCACUCUCCUUUCUUUUCUUCUAUCACCUUUAUUUGACAGCUAAGAAUCGAACGACAGUUGAAUCGUUCCGAGCUCCGAUGAUAGAUGGAAAAUAUGCGAAGGAUGCUUUCAACCAUGGUUUCCGUGCAAACUAUCGAGAAAUUUUUGGAUCUCAUCCACUUUACUGGUUCCUACCAGUUCCUAGCACAAUAGGCGAUGGAUGUAAAUUCAAGCUGAACGAUAUGGUUGCCUCGACAGCUGGUAAUCAAGUCUUUGUUGAACUGGGCGGUGUCCAAACAGGAAACAUAAAUAGCGAUUCUCGAACAUCUGUCAUCUCUCAGCAUCACACGGAAUUGUAUGCAGAACGACCAAUUGAGAAGCAGUUGUCAACUGUGGAUGAAACUGAUGAACUGAGACUCGGUGACGGCGUAGAAUUCAAAAAAUGGACUAUGGAGGCAGCACUAACAUCUCGUGGAGGUAGGAACGGAUCAAAUAUUGGACCUCUUCGAUAUCGUCUUCUAGAACAACGAGAUGAAGCAGAAAUGCAACAUUUAUACAGUGACGAUGAAGAUGAUGAUCUAGAUCUCAACGUUCGUAUCGUCUAA